AUGACAGCAGCCAGUGUUAACAACAACGCCAAUAGCAACAGCUCACGAAGAAGAAAUGGUCAUUUGGGUGUUUCAAAUAUGAGCUCGAAGUAUGGCAAUGGCAAUGGCAAUGGCAAUGGCAGUUAUCUAAUCCAUUCAAUUGGCAAUGGCACCAACAAUCAAUACAUGGAUCCAUUGAAGAUUAAUUGCAAUCACAGUUACUAUCACAAUAACAAUCAUAGUAAUAAUCAUAAUAACAAUAACAAUAAUAAUAAUAACUAUCAUUCUGGUGGAAACCUAAACUCAAGGUAUAAGAAACUUAACAAAAAAUCCAAAGAAUUAAACAAAAAAACCUCAAUUAGUUACAAUAAUCAUAAUCAAACUCAAAUCCAUAAUCAUCUUCAAAAUAUUACCAUCAAUGAUAUUAAUAAUAAUAUUAAUAAAUUUUAUAAUAAUAUCCAUAAUAACAAUAAUAAUAAUAAUAACAAUAAUAAUAAUAAUAAUAAUAAUAAUAAUAAUAAUAAUAAUAAUAAUAAUAAUAAAACUAUUGUCAGCGCUAAUCUCAAAAGUACCAAAACUGCUUCUGCGAAUCCUACUUCUAAUGCUCUUACUGAAUCUAAUGAUAAAAACAACAUUUCAAUUGGUGAAUAUUUGAAGGUGGUAGAAAACGACAGAAACUACCACUUGGACUAUUUAUACAGCUUGAACAAUUUGAUCAACAGUUCAGAUGAUAUCCAAGUUGAAGUUGAAGCCAAAGAUAAGAAAAAAAAGGUUAAAGUUAAUGCCAAUAACAAUGAUUACUUGAUUCACGAAUAUAUUAACAACUAUCGGGACAGUUACUUAUCGAUUCCAUUGUGCUGCUCAGAACAUUUUCAAUCAAAUUAUUUUGACUUGUUAUACAGCCACAAUGAAGCACAGUCUACCAACUCUUCUCAAGCUUCGUCAAACAGCUAUAAUAGCAGUUACAACAGUGGAUCUAGUAGUGUUGGGCACUUCAACAAUAGUGGAGUCAACAGCAGUGUUGGCAUCGAAGCAGUUGAGUUGCUAGGAUUGGCAGUCAAAUUAAGAGAAUUUAUUUGA